GUUGAAGCCUCCGGCUAAACUGUAUAUAAAGAGAGGUUUUUCCCAGCACUGGCUGCUGGGUUCACCAUAUAGUAAAGAGCUGUUGUCACUAUCCUGGUCUCCUGCCUCGUUAUUGCCCGAAUCUAACACUGGCGACGAAGGUGGGAUCUCGAGGCUAAGAGCGCCAGGAAAAGAGCUGAACUCACCAGGAAGACGCGAACCCAGCAAACAAGGGGCGGAAAGCAGCGAUGUCCGGCUACACACCGCCAGCGCCAUUCGACCCAGCUAAGGAAAAAUGGGGGUCAUACAUGGCUCGUUUCGAGUGUUUCCUCGAGGCGAACGAACUUCAAGGAGUUUCAGACAACAGGAAACGAGCGUAUUUCCUGAGCCACUGCGGUCCAGAAGUCUUCGACACCGCAGAAUCCCUGGCGGAGCCAACGCCGGUACAGUCGGUACCGUGGCAAACUCUGCAGACUCUAUUGAAAGCCCAUUAUGCACCAACGCCGUCCAAGUACGUGCAACGGUUCGAAUUCGGGGAGCGCAGACAGCAAGAGGGCGAGUCCAUCAGCGCAUACAUGGCCGCCCUGAGGAAAGCCUCAAAACAUUGCGAGUACCGAGACUUGGAUGAGGCAUUGCUGGAGCAACUCAUCCGCGGGGUCAGGGACAUCCGUUUGCGGAGGCGGCUGCUGUCUAAAAGCAACCUAACGCUGGCAAACGCCUUGGACGAAGCCAGGGCUCACGAGAUGUCUACCCAAGCGGCGGAAACCCUACAAAAGCCGCUCGCACCAACGGCUGGUGCGAAAUCAACCCCGGUCCACAAUGAAGAGAUCCAGGCCGAAUCGGACGGUGAGGAGGAGGAAGGAGUCUUCCACACCGGAAGGCCGGAGAAAGAAAACCGGGGCGACUGCGCGAGUUGCGGAGGGCAACACCAACGGCAACAUUGCAGGUUUAAGGAUAGGAGGGUCCCGUUCGCCCUAAAGCCCAGGAUUGACCGGGAACUGGACAAGCUAGUAAACCAGGGAAUUCUAGUGCCAGUUGACCAUGCUAAGUGGGAGACCCCUAUAGUCACCCCAGUCAAACCGGAUGGGUCGGUCCGGAUUUGCGCUGACUAUAAGGCAACGCUUAACAAAGCGUUGCAAAAGAGUGCUUACCCCGUCCCGGUGGUACAGCACUUACUGCACUCAAUGGGGCAAGGGCAAGUUUUUGCCAAGCUAGACUUGGCCCAAGCCUAUCAACAGCUGCCCGUAGAUAGCAGCACAGCCGAAGCGCAGACAAUUGUAACUCACAGAGGGGCUUUUAAGUGUACCCGGUUACAGUUUGGGGUUAGUGUGGCUCCAGGGUUAUUCCAGAACCUAAUGGAGCGGCUAUUGCAGGGCCUACCAGGGGUGGUACCAUACUUUGACGAUGUACUGGUAUCCGCUGAGAAUCUAGAGGAAUUAGGGGCAAGGCUGCGAAAAGUUUUGGGCAUUUUCCGGUCUGCCGGUCUCACAGUUAAACUGAACAAAUGCCAGAUCGGGGUUGAGUCUGUGGAAUUCCUGGGCUACCGGAUAGACAGGGAAGGGAUUCACCCCACUGAGAGCAAGGUACGGGCCAUCAGGAAGGCCCCGGUUCCAAAGAACAAAACGGAGUUACAGGCAUUCUUAGGUCUGGUCAACUUCUACGCGGUAUUCUUAAGGAAUAAGGCAACAGUAGCCGAGCCGCUGCAUAAAUUACUAGCAAAGACGGCUGCAUGGUCUUGGGGAAAGGCGGAAGCUAGGGCAUUCGAAGGGGUAAAGAACCUCCUAUCGAGUGAUAGCCUCCUUAUCCAAUACAAUGGCACGCUGCCAUUAGUGUUAAGCUGCGAUGCAUCUCCCUAUGGGGUGGGGGCUGUACUCAGCCACAGGUUACCAAAUGGCACAGAAGCCCCUAUUGCAUAUUACUCCCGAACCAUGUCAUCAACUGAAAGGAAUUAUAGCCAGCUUGAUAAGGAAGCCUUGGCUAUAGUCUCCGGAGUAAAGAAAUUCCAUGAAUAUGUAUUUGGUCGUGAUUUUGAAAUCAUCACGGACCAUAGACCUUUGCUAGGUCUGUUGGCAGGCGACCGCCCAACGCCCGUGGCACUUUCGCCCAGACUGACCCGAUGGACUAUCUUCCUGGCGGCGUAUUCUUACAAAUUACUACACCGGCCAGGGAAGGAAUUAGGGCAUGCAGAUGCCCUGAGCAGAUGCCCGCUACCAGAGACUAUCAAAGACCCCACCCCAGGGAUACCAGUCACAUCCAAAGAGGUGGCUCGGGCGUCGUACAAGGACAUUACAAUAAGAACUGUAAUUGGUUGGGUACAAAGAGGUUGGCCCGCUGCGCCGGGCGAGCGUUUUAAAGAGUUUGUAAAAAAACGUGGGGAACUCUCAGCUCAAGGGGGGUGCCUGCUAUGGGGGGAUCGAGUGGUGAUCCCGGAGAGAUUGAGGAAAAAGGUAUUGGAUCUCCUUCACGAAGGCCACCCAGGGAUCGUGAGAAUGAAGGGUCUAGCGAGAAGCUAUGUGUGGUGGCCCUUAAUGGACUCGGAAAUUGCUGAAAGGGUAGGGAAAUGCCAGGCCUGCCAGGAGUCCAGACCGCUACCCCCAACGGCCCCAAUUCGGGAAUGGGAGAGACCCCAGGGCCCCUGGUCUAGGAUCCAUAUCGAUUUUGCCGGCCCCUUCCACGGCCAAACCUUUCUGGUAGUAGUCGAUGCCUACUCCAAAUGGCUGGAAAUCAUUCUCAUGAGAUCCAUGACAGCCGAUGCCGUGAUUUCAGUCCUACGGCACCUAUUUGUAACCCACGGGUUGCCCGACACGUUAGUCUCCGACAACGGCCCGCAAUUCACGGCAACCCAGUUUGAGGGGUACUUGGCAGAAGAGGGCAUCCGGCAUGUCCUCUCGGCGCCUUUCCACCCUGCGACGAAUGGCCUUGCAGAACGUUCCGUUCGGAGCGCAAAAGAAGCAUUGUCCAGAAUCAAGCCAGGCGACUGGCAAACAAAAAUCGAUACCUUCCUGGCCGUCCAACACAGAACCCCCUGUGUCACAACUGGCAGAAGCCCGGCAGAACUAUUAAUGGGUCGGAAGCUCAGGUGCCCACUAGACCGUUUAAAC